AUACUCAUAGCUUGAUCACUUAACUUACAAGACAUUUAACUUAUGUGCUCAAACCCCUGCUGAUUGUCAAGACGCGAUCCCUUGUAACGUCCUUUAACAAAAUGAGCUGCUAUAUAAGGCUAAAAUCUUAGCAUUACAACAGUAGUUGAUUUGUAGGCACCCAUAGGGCAUGAUAGUAAAAUAAAGAUUAGAUAGACAAAUCUGUGUCAUAAGAGUUUUCUUAAAAUGGCUUUAUAUAAUUCUAAACGUUUAGUUCUACUUGUUUUAGAAUUUUCAUUCGUUACUUUAGUUACUUGUUCAGCUGAUGAAAAUUGUGAAACAUCUCUGAGUGAGAUAUUGGUCACAAAGGAACAGUAUGACGAAAUGGGAAGACUGGUCAGAUCAUGUAAUGGAGAGGUCACUGUGAACAAAUGUGAAGGAAUGUGCAGUAGCCAAGUGCACCCUUCUAUUGCAACUGUUACAGGGUUUUUAAAGGAAUGUCACUGCUGUAGAGAAAAUUACCUCAGAGAACGUAUCGUUACACUUUCACAUUGUUACAAUGCCGAUGGGGUAAGGCUGGAUGAUCCUAAAUACGCUGUCAUGGAAAUAAGGCUUCAAGAGCCAGACGAAUGCCAAUGUUUUAAAUGUGGAGACUAUAGCCGAUGAGUUAAUUGUGAUUAAAAUGUAUGGGAUAGAUUUUUUUACCUGCAAAAUAAUAUUGACGAUGGAUACGGCACGAUAAAAUAAAUUCUACAUAAUGUUAUAUUCUAGAUUUGGUCAAGGUUUUAAAAUAAAUAUGAAUUAU